GUUUGGGAUUGCAUUGGCCUACACUUUGAUCGGCUCGGAUGUGGUAGUGCACUGGAUCGGAAAUGACCUUGCCUUCCUGGCCUGGCAGGGUGAGCGGUACGGAGGCCAUUUCCGUGCCGAGCUGCGGCGGGUGCACGAUCAAGGUGAGACCGUGGCGGCCCUGCGAUCGCACGAAGCAGAGCUGUUCAGGCUGCACGACCGAUUCGACGCAUUGAAGUGGAACAAAUGGCAAGGGAUGGUCCUCAAGACGAAGAAGCUGGGCUGGUUCGAUCGCAUCUACGAUCCCUUCAAGUCGGUCCUGUUUGUGUGCGUCCUGAUGCCGUUUUUCAUCAAGGGUGAGGUGUCGUUGGGCACUGUGAAGCAAUGUGAGAUGGCUCUUUCUCGCAUAACAGCAUCCCUGAGUUUUUUCAUCCAUGAAUAUAAGCAUUUGGCAUCGUAUAGAGCUCAAGUCGAUCGGCUAUAUGACUUUCGAUGCUGUGGGGUGGCCCUCAUGAAGGAUAAGAAAGCUGGAAAACCACCAGGAACUUCGGACUCGCCGGCCGAGGGAGAUGAAGCUGAAGAUAGUUCCGAUGGAACCCCAGCGGCCGAGCCCGAAAACCUGGGAGAUCCUUCUCAGGUGCUGGAGCUGAAAGACGCAACCAUUUUGUUGCCGUCUGGGGAAACGUUGAUGGACAUCGAUUUUCGUGUCACGAAAGGUACCAGCACCCUUCUUUGCGGCAAUGAGGGUUCCGGAAAGUCUACGCUGCUGAAAGCAUUGGCAGGAAUAUGGCCUUUCUUGCGAAUUCCAGAAGCCGAAUCUCUGGCCCCAGCUCUGGACUGCAUUCUGAUACCGCAGAAGCCGAGGUUGCCAGUGCCAAUGUCCAUCCGUCAAGCGCUGGCUUUCCCGAAAAGCCCGGAAGACUUCUCUGAGCAGGAAAUUGCAAGUGCACUGGAGAGGGUUCGGUUGUCUGAGCUGACAGUACUGGGACUUGACGAUGUGGUGGAUGUCAACGCAGCUCUUUCUGGCGGCCAAUUUCAAAAAUUGAUGGUCGCUCACUGCCUGCUGGUGAAGCCUGCAUUCAUCCUUCUGGACGAGUCCAUGGCACACUUGUCGCGUGAAAAUCAGCUUCAUCUUUAUGGCCUGUUGACCACAGAGCUGGUUGAGCCAGGAAUCAGUGGAAUUGUGAGCACAUGCCACAACGUGCGGGACCUGGCUUCCUUCCAUCAGGUCCACUACCAGGUCCGCCGGAAGGUCUUGGAAACUUGCGACAGCACGGGCAGCACCGAUUCCAAUUCUGCCACCCGCAUACUCGAGUUGGUUGAGCCAGGAGCUUUGCCCGAAGCGGAUGCAAGCUAUGAGGAACAUAUGCAAAAACGGCUGAUGGAACAGGAGGAGGAGAUCGCCUUGCUUCAACACACAAUUCAGCGUUUGCGCAACAAGCAAAUGGACUAUGUUGAUUAAGCGUCCAUGCAACGAAUUCAGGUUGCGUGUGACAUGUUGAUUUUUCGUUGCGGAGUGAGUACUAUAGAUGUACAUAGAGUUGUGUGCUGCUGACACUGCCGCCAGACCGGAACAAAUCGAUGGUUUGCGCACAUAUGUGAAAUGUGCAAUCACCUCAACUAGCGACCUUUUGCCGUGGC